UACUUCUAUCUUUUCCGGUAUUUGAAUAAUUUACUCAAGAAAUCGUAUCUAUUGAACUGCCUGUGUAUCAAUAAAAGUUUCACAGAUAUUUGAAAGUUUUUCUAAAUGGAAUAACAAGUGGAAAGUUGAAAUGAAUCGAGUCAUUUUCCGCUUUUUGGCCUUAAUACACGUUACAGGUGUAUUCUUGGUAAAAGGCCUAAUCAACUCGGAUCGCCUGAUUUAUAUCGAAGGCUUACCCGCCGACCACAAAGACGGCUGGAAAGUGUCGUACAAAUUCAUGUAUCCCGACGAAUGCAACCAAUACUGUGUGAACACCAAAAGCUGUGAAUCAUUCAGCUGGAACUCUCAAAACAGUGACUGCCGUUUUUAUCCUUGGGCUCUAGACCCCCAAUACUUCUCGAAAGUCUCUCGAACCUACUGGUACGUGAAAAACUUCCGAGAAGUUCGAAGUAAUUUUGGCGCUGCUUCACUUAAGAUGAACGCAAACAAUAACUACUUGGAACAGCAGCCACAAAGUUUGGAAACUACAAGUGGAACUACGAGUCUGACUUCGAGAUACACGACAAGUCUAACAACUCCAGGAAACACAUCGCAGACUACUAGUUUGACUACAAGUUCAACUACCAGUCCGACUACAAGCUUGACCACAAGCUCGACUACUAGUUCCACGAGCAGUUCGACAACUAGUUCAACUACUAGUUCCACCACAAGCUCAACGACUAGCAGUACGACAAGCUCCACUACUAGUUCGACUACGAGCUACACGUCUAGUCACACUACAAGCUCAACGACAAGCUCAACGUCUAGUGGCACGACAAGUGUCACACUUCCAUACGUGACUCCGAUUCCACCGAUGCAGGUGCAUGGCAUUGAACCUGGGUACGGAUUCCUGGUCGUGUCCGACAGCCAGUUUGUUUUGUUGCCGACGUUGCAACUGGUCAUAAUUUCGGAGCAUGCAACUUUCUCCCAGAAUGCAAAGUAUAUCUGUCAGACGCCCAUUCAUGUGGUGGAUACCCCUGAAACGGGCGUGCAAUACCUGAAUGAUUUCCAACCGCCAUGGAGAGCAGACUAUUUUGCCAUCCAAAACAGAAAUGGCGACUUCUACUGUUACCAACGGACCGGGCCGCAGCCUAACGUGUGGAGUUAUGACGACGCCCACUGCCAACAACUCAACCACUUUUUCUGCCUAUCGACCACUCCCCUAACUGCACAACAAUCAGAACAGGUAUACACUGCCUUCGUGGACUUCUACAUCCCCCACGGCCCCAACACAACUGCCGUGUCCUCUGAUAACAUUAAUGGCUUCCAUUACCUCGAGAAUGGACUGUAUGGCCUCUUCCCCUCCGAAGACAUUGUCAAGUUCAUGGACGUCAAAGAUGCUAAUUGUGGCUCUGAAGCCUCAAACGUGUUCAGUGGCAACUCAUCGGGCCAAGAAAUGGCUGAGAUACUCUAUGCUCCCCCUGAUGUCUUCACACUUGUCCUCAAGGACGACACAGGAGCUGAAAAGUGUUGGGAGAGACAGGGUAGUCUGACAGAGAGUAAUUGGCUUCAAGAUGGUCCAUCCUGCUUAGAUCCAAAUGCACAAAAACACACUCUGUGUCUCGUGGAUGCAACUUCAAUUCAGAGAACCACAGUCCAGGGUUGGGGAUAUGAUGGAAUAAAGCACAUAACUCCCCUUUUUGUUUCUGUUCAAGCCCUGUAUGGUGACAACGCGAUCAAUAUCAUCGACGAUGCGAACAUGGCUUCAGAAAUGAUACAGGCACUCGGGUUCGAGCAGAAUUCGGCAACUGUCAUCCAUCUACAUGACAGAGUAGGGCGCAGAAUUAUGUUCAAAUUCGGAAUUCGCAUUGAGCGGCUUAAAGUGGCAUUUUUGGCUCAAUGA